UCAAUCUCCCUCUCUCUCCCUCUCUCUCUCCCUGAAUCCGUGUCUCCGUCAGUGCCAUGGGCAGAGGCAGGGGUUAAAGCGCUCACCACACACACACACAGAGUCCGUGCCUUGCUCCACACACCUGCUUGCCUGUGUGUGUGUGUGUGUGAGGGGAGCUCUCUCUCUCUCCCUGUGUGCAACUCCCCAGCGCUUGAGCCGUUUCCAUGUCAAGGUUAGUACCAGGCGCAGGAAAUUUGCAGGAGGAAUUAUCAGCGACCCAUUCCAAUGUGCUGCAUUAAUCUCAGCUUGGACCCGAGAAGAAAGAUAAAUCAAACAGGCGAGGAAACUGGCCUUGAAGAUCAGGAGACGCGAAUCUUAGCAGAGAUCUCAACUCCAACUGGACGGGAACUGAUGCUGCUCCUGCGCCGUGUGGAUUAAUUCAGCUGUUUCCCCCUUGUAUUUGGAAGACUCGUGAGGGGGGAAAGUCAGUUGAGAAAACAAGAAAAGAACAACCCACCACCAAUCGCCUGGCCAAAGGACUUUAGCUCAAUCCAGCCCCCGGGGUGUGUGGGAGACGGCUGGCCCCCGAGGCUGGGGUUGGCCAAUCCUCCUUGGUGGAAGGACCUCAUUGUUCAAGGGGAGUGUUUUGCCUUCACUGGAGGACGUUUCUGCAUUGCAAGAUGGUAACUGUGGACUCAGAUGGAUAAUACCAGUGUCGGAUGCAAUUAGUUGGAUCUUUGCGGUGGUAAAUGGAUCCUCUGGAUUGUAUUAAUCCAGUUGCUCGAAAUUAAGAUUGAAGUUGAUUCCCAGCCUGAGACCAAGGCUGCUUUCUCAUUUCUGGAAGGUUGUAUGCUCACUUUGAGAUCAGAAAACAAUGUUGAACUCCAAUGGAAUACCAUGGAUGUCUUUUGUCCUUGCUCCGACCUUGAAUCUAAAUGUCCUGCUUUGGAUAACGACCCUUGCGGUGCGGUUUGGCCUUCUCAGUUGCCAGGAAAACUAUCCCAUUGUCAACACCAACUAUGGGAAGCUGAGGGGGGUGAGAACGCCGCUUCCCAAUGAGAUCCUGGGACCCGUGGACCAGUACCUUGGAAUACCGUACGCCUCAGCUCCGACGGGAGAGAGACGCUUCCAGCACCCGGAGUCCCCAUCCUCCUGGACCGGCAUCAGGAACGCUACGCACUUUGCCCCGGUCUGCCCCCAGAACAUUCACGGGAUCUUGCCUGAUGUGAUGCUGCCGGUCUGGUUUACCUCCAACCUGGAUAUCGUGGCCACUUACAUCCAAGAUCAGAGUGAAGAUUGCCUCUACCUGAACGUCUACGUUCCGACUGAGGACGAUAUCCAUGACAAUGGUCCCAAACCAGUUAUGGUAUACAUUCAUGGAGGCUCCUACAUGGAAAGCACAGGCAACUUAAUCGAUGGAAGCAUUCUGGCAAGUUAUGGAAAUGUCAUUGUUGUCACACUCAACUACAGGCUUGGGGUUUUAGGCUUCCUAAGCACAGGCGACCAAGCUGCCAAAGGCAAUUAUGGAUUGCUGGACCAAAUUCAGGCAUUAAGGUGGAUCAGUGAAAAUAUCGGAGCUUUUGGAGGAGAUUCGAUGCGGAUUACAGUCUUUGGAUCUGGGGCGGGAGCAUCCUGUGUCAGUUUACUGACACUCUCCCACUAUUCAGAAGGUCUGUUCCAGAAGGCAAUUAUUCAGAGUGGGACAGCCUUGUCUAGCUGGGCUGUUAACUACCAGCCUGCCAAGUAUACCCGCUUGCUGGCAGAGAAGGUUGGCUGCAGUAUGCUGGACACCAUCGACCUGGUGGAGUGCCUCCGGAUGAAGAGCUACAAGGAGCUGAUUGAGCAGGACAUUAUGCCUGCCCGUUACCACAUCGCUUUUGGGCCAGUCAUUGACGGAGACGUCAUUCCUGAUGACCCCCAGAUCCUCAUGGAGCAGGGCGAGUUCCUCAACUAUGACAUCAUGCUGGGUGUCAACCAGGGCGAGGGCCUGAAGUUUGUGGAGAACAUGGUGGACAACGAGGACGGGAUCUCGGCCAGCGACUUCGACUUCGCCGUCUCCAACUUUGUCGACAACCUGUACGGCUACCCGGAGGGGAAGGACACCCUACGGGAGACCAUCAAGUUCAUGUACACUGACUGGGCGGACAAGGAGAAUCCUGAGACCCGCCGCAAGACUCUUGUGGCGCUGUUCACUGACCACCAGUGGGUGGCGCCAGCAGUGGCGACAGCAGACCUACACGCCCAGUAUGGCUCACCCACCUAUUUCUACGCCUUUUACCACCACUGCCAGAGCGACAUGAAGCCAGGCUGGUCUGAUGCUGCUCACGGAGAUGAGGUCCCCUAUGUUUUUGGCGUCCCCAUGAUUGGACCCACUGAGCUUUUCCCCUGCAACUUCUCGAAGAAUGAUGUCAUGCUCAGUGCGGUGGUCAUGACUUACUGGACCAACUUUGCGAAGACAGGUGACCCAAACCAGCCCGUUCCACAAGACACAAAAUUCAUCCACACAAAACCCAACCGGUUUGAGGAGGUGGCCUGGUCAAAGUAUAAUCCAAAGGAUCAACUGUACCUUCAUAUCGGCCUGAAGCCCAGGGUGAGGGAGCACUACCGUGCUACGAAAGUGGCCUUCUGGCUAGAAUUAGUCCCCCACCUUCACAAUCUGAACGAAAUCUUCCAGUACGUGUCAACCACCACCAAAGUGCCGCAGACAGACUCCACGCCAUUCCCUUACGUGACCCGACGGGCCCCAGGGAAGCUGUGGUCCUCCACCACCAAGCGGCCGCCUCUGACCCCUUCCCACAACCCCAACAAGCAGGCCAAAGAUACACGCAAGUCCAGCCCUGAAGAGACGACGGUCCUGAUCGAAGACAAGAGGGACUAUUCGACCGAGCUGAGCGUCACCAUUGCUGUGGGGGCGUCGCUGCUCUUCCUGAACAUCCUGGCAUUUGCUGCCCUCUACUACAAGAAGGACAAGCGGCGACAUGAGACGCACCGGCGGCAGAGCCCCCAGAGGGGGGGUGGUGGAGGCACCGCCAACGACCUGGCUCACCUCCAGAACGAGGAGAUGAUGUCACUGCAGAUGAAGCAAAUGGACCACGAGCACGAGUGUGAGGCGAUGCAGACCCACGACACCCUGAGGCUCACCUACCCACCCGACUACGCCCUGACCCUGAGGAGGUCACCAGACGACAUCCCACUCAUGACCCCCAACACCAUCCCCAUGAUCCCCAACACCCUGGCUGCAAUGCAGCCCCUGCACACCUUCAACACGUUCACUGGUGGACAAAACAGUACGAGCUUGCCCCACGCACAUUCCACCACUCGGGUAUAGCUCCCCCUGUCGGAGGAGCCCCUUCUCCCCCCAUUUGAGUUUCCCACCUCCCCUCCCCCAAUCGAGCGAGAAAUCUCAUUUUGUUUCUUUUUUUCCAUUUUUUCAACACAAUUUUAACAAGUGGCGAAGCAGAACUUGUCAGCAAACCAUCCGCAAGUAGGAGACAAAUAUCGGAGUAACUACUUUCUUUUUGGUGGAGAGGGUGGUGGGGGUGGGAAGGGGAUAAGU